GACGGAGGUGACUGACAAGAACAAGUCUACUCUUCCCAACAUCAAGACCAAUCGAACCAAGAAGGGAACAUACGGCGUCCCUGGAACGCUUCUGGACAAUCCCAAGUAUAAUGACAACUGGCGACAGGAAAUGGAGAAAUUGGAUGCUUUGAGGGCAAAGCGGGAGAAAAACGUUCCGCAACCAAAGCCAAUGGGUUCACCAUUUAAAAUUCCAGGCGUUACCCACGACUUUUUAGACGAGCUUCACGCCACUGGCGUGUCGGCCGUAUAUCACUACGAGCCGGUGGAAGAGAAGUCCCCAAAACGCAAAAGGCGUGCCAAAUCUCCAGCUGCGGUGGCGGCUUUUACACAGGAGAGGCCGAUGUCAUUUAAACGGACCAAGUCUGGUCAAGAAGGCUGCAUUGCAGAUUUCCCCAACACCUGGAUUGACCCUGAAGCUCUGGAGAGAGAGAGAAAUAAAGGAAAGAAGAAGAACCGAAAGCCAAAGCCAGAAUACGUUCCGAGCCCUCCUAAGGGAGCAAGCGGGAUCUGGAAGCCGAAUUCAUUUCCUGAAGCAUCGGUUGUACAGUCAUGUCUUCGUCGAUUCUACUAG